AUGACUGCGAGAUCAUGGGAGAUCUCUUUGUCGAACCCACCAUGCUCCGGCACACACAGUUUCUCAGAUGCUACACGGUUGAUUCAUCUGCGUUAUACAAGUACUUUGCGUCAUCAGCUGGGACUGAAAAAUCUGCCAUCUGUGAGCGGUGCGGCGGAAUUCAUAAUUACUGGGUCGAAAGGCAGAACUAUCAGACUCUGGAGUCCGCACGGAACUUUUCUGAGGACAUUGGCAGGUCAUGAUAGCUGGGUGCGUGCUCUCGUCUUUCGUCCCGAGGGCAAAUAUCUGCUUUCGUCUUCACACGAGAAGACGUUGCGGUGCUGGGACCUCGGUCAAGAAGGCAAGUGCGUGAAGAUUAUUGGCGACACACAUGAGCAGUUCAUCACUUGCCUAAAAUGGGCGCCUGGAAUUACUAGACAUGCAGGCACUGUGGAGGAGAAAAAUGAAAGUAACGGGACCAAAAUGACUGUACCUGGUGUGCAAGUUCGCUGCGUUGUUGGGAUUGGAAGCUGA